AUGUCUUCUGCUUUACCACUGCCUACAUCCUUGCAUGCUCCUAGCCUCUCUUCCGAAGAUCUUCGGAGGCUUAGCGUUGCUGAAGAUGUUAUAGCCUGUUGUUUACCCUAUCAACCCAACGCUCUACCGCCACUCUACUUGAAGCCUGAGUCCGACGGAGACGUAAGCGGGGAGAUUACCUGGGAUGUCAGAGCGGCGCCUCCUAUCCAUUUGCAUGAGCCUCAGGAAGAUUUGACGAUUUACCUUGACGCGAAAGAGUUCCAAGCUAUACCAUUCACAAUAUCAUGGAAUGGAUCACGCCAUUGUGGUCCGGAUCCCAGGGGGAAAUUUUCGGCUGCUCAGUUUACCUUAAUCAACCUGGCUGAAGAGUCUGUUAUACAGAUCCUGCGUCUUGAUUGCACAUCUUAUAAAGCUAUCAAAGUCAGGCCUCGUCGACACCAUGUCCUACGGAGCGAUGAUAUACUCGCCUUCCCUGCCGCAGAUGGGCUGAGCUUCUCCUACUUCUCGUUCAGAGACAUCGUGGAUUUAACGCCUGGGCUCGUCAUCCACGAUGGCUAUGAGAUUCUGCGAACUCUCGGAACAGGAGCGUACGGUGUGGUACAUCUCGCUAGAAACCGCAAGGCAGGCACUUUGGUGGCUGUCAAGCGACAGUCGUAUUCUCUCGACAGGCUGCAAGCAGGGGUCCAGGCGAUCCGGCAAGAAGCGGGAUAUCUGAGGAGGAUCAAAGAACAGUGCCACUUGGACCACGUCUGCGAAAUACUGGAUGAUGAAAAAGUCUUUACGAUCGUAGAUUUACCCAGCGACAGGCGCAGCAAGCUUGCCCCAAAGAUUGUGGUCUUACACAUCGUCACAGAGUUCUGCGAGGGUGGAAGCCUGCAAGAUUUUUUGCAAAUGUUUCCGGACGGUAUUACUGAGCCAGAGGCACGUUACAUCGCGCGCCAGGUCUUUCGUGGAUUAAAGGUCUUGCACGACGAGAACUUGAUACACAGAGAUUUGAAGCCCGACAACAUCCUCAUGCGCUGGACUCCCGAGUCGAAUCCUCAUCCGUGCCCAGGCAAUCGGCGACCAGAGCACGAUGUGCGAAAUUGGACGGUCAAAUUGGCAGAUUUCGGUACUGUCCGAGAACGAGGACCCGAAGAGGAGGGCACCACGAUUAGAGUGGGAACUUCCCUAUGGUAUCCGCCUGAGCUAAACCCUGAGGGUGCUGGGAAGCGAACACACAAAUCCGACGUUUGGACCGUGGGGUUUAUCGUCGCGUGCAUGCUAAUGGGUCAGAUUGGACGGCCGCAGCGCGGCCAUGUUAUCUCACACGCCCAGAUGGGCCGUCAUUUCAGCGAGGAAUUUGAGAAUCUGAUGGUCAAUGUUUUGGCUCCAAAACCCGAGCAUAGAUUCACGACUAAAGAAGCCCUUGACCAUCCAUGGUUCUCGACGCUCGACGCAAGUAGUAUUUAUACCCCCCGCGCGACGUCCACGGCUAGCGAUGACACCGAUAGCGUUUCCUAUUAUGCGCCCAGUUUCAGCUCGCUUGACAGCCGUCGCAGCCGCUCUUUCCACUCAGACGUAGACAACUUCAAUGGUUCGUCGCGGUCAAGUGCUAAGACCGCUGGAGUCCCAGCCAACACAAGCGGUCGUUUGGAGAUUGGACACUCUACCGCGACCGCUCUUCCUUUGGCUGUGCAUAUAAGAUUGUCAGAGUCCCAGACCUCAGCACGAAGUUUCUCAAGUAACCUCUCUAAUUCAAGCGCGAGGUCUGUCUCGCGCAACGGCAUCGUUGGGCGGUGGGGUCAUGCACGGGCUCUCCACUUCGGCGGUACACUUGCUCCUCGCCCACGUAGGAAACAACGGCCCUUGAAGCUGGCGCAGGAACUGGGAGUUGUGGCUGAGGAGGAGGAGGAUCAGGAAGAAGAUGAAGAGGAAGGGGUCGUUGAUGACGAUAGCGGUGCUGAGGAGGAGACGGAAUUGUCGGAAGACGGGAGAGAGAUGGACCUUACUGAAUAG